CGGAAAAUUGAUUCAAUUCCUGUCGUUGUUGUUUUCACGAAUAUGUUUUAUACGAGCACAAUUUUGGUUUUUGUUAUAACGGACUAUUUGAUUACUUCUUCGAUUAUUGGGAUAUCAGUCGCAAUAGGGCAAGAUGGAAAUGACGAAGUUGAUCGUUCUGGAGAUUCUAUGUCAACUUUAGAGCCAAAAUUAUCAGAGGAUACGAAAGUGCGGCUUAUUGAUGGACGCACAACUGAUGAAGGUCGUGUCGAAGUGUACGUAAAUGGACGCUGGGGAACAAUAUGUGAUGACUCCUUCGACACAAAUGCCGCAUCGGUUGUGUGCAGAAUGCUGCACAUAAAUGUAACUGAUGCUAUUGUUAUAUCGGGAGGUUAUUACGGGGAAGGCAAUGGACCCAUCUGGCUAGACGAUGUUCGCUGCCUAGGAAAUGAGUCAAACAUUGCUGACUGUGCUCAUAAUAAAUUGGGGCGUACCAACUGUGAACACUAUGAGGAUGUAGGAGUUCUGUGUGCUACAGAUGCCAUCUGCCGUGAAGCUGAUUGGAGAGAUUAUGUUGGUGUGAAAGGAAAUAGAUCUCGGCGGCAGUACGCGUGUCUUUUAGGCCAUCCGGAAUGCAACGAAGACAAUUUGUUGGAUUUAGCGUGUGGUCCUGACAACUUCUUUAACAUAAUGAAUGGAAACUACUUAGGCUGUGGUGAAUAUGCAGUUAUUACUUGUGAAAACGGGUUUGUUGCUAGUUCUAUGGUAUUGGAUUGUCUUGAUGACGAUGCCUGGGAGAAUGCCACUUGCACUUAUGAAGGUAACGAAGAAGAAAACUGGUCAGUGAACGUUACAAAUGGUAAUGAAAAACUAACCACGGACACAACGCCCCCUCAAACAGGGCCAAUCAAAUGCAUGGCAAUCACAGAAAAUGGCGAGGAAUGGCCAGAAGCUCUUGAUGGGCAGAUAUCUCGACAUAGAUGCCCUAAAGGAUACCAAGGCGAUAUAUAUCGUCGUUGUCAAAAUGGCGUUUAUCUGAACCGAGUUGACAAUUGCACAAGGAGGGCAAUACAGGAUUUAUAUGCUAAGGUGUUUAAUGGCUCCCUCAAUUCUACAGAGGCUUUGUCGAAGUUAAAGCAGGAAACGAAUAGCUUGACAAUUGGUAGCGAGAAUUUACUAACAGCGGGCGAUCUACAGAAUGUUAAUCAGAUCCUUGAUAAAGUCAUUGAAGACAUCGAAAUCAAUUCUGCUACAAUCGAAAUCGACACUGACAGUUUCUUCGAAGUUGCGAAUAAUUUACUGAAUGGAAAUUCGACAUCGUCAUGGAAAAGUUUAAUUAACGACAAAGGAGUUGGUGCCGACGCAGUAAUAAACACAAUCGACCGGUUUAUAACGAAAGUUGUGAACUCUAACUCUAGCGGAGAUCUGAACAAGACAUUCGACAAGCCGAACAUAUUUAUAGAAAUAGGGCAUGUUGACAAAUGUGUAAACAUAAGUUUUCCGUCUGCUGCCGGUACGACCGAUCAGAUCGUCGUCGGCUGUGGGCAAGAAAAAGGUAAAAAAGUAUUUAGUGGCGGCUUGUUUAAAAACAUGUCCGGAAUGUUGUCUACCACUUCGAAAACUAUCGACUCGUUAGACAGUUCAAUCAACGGUCCAGUCUUGUCCUUUAGUUUUCACGGACAUCAAAACAAGACUGAGAACGUCAGGAUAAUCUUCCAUGUAUUUGAUAGAAAUCUAACAGAUCCGUCAUGUUCCUUUUGGGAAACAAAAAGCGGGAAAGGCCUUUGGUCAACUGAUGGAUGCAGUUUGGAACAAUUUGACAGAGAAAAGGGAACCGUGUCCUGCCAGUGUGACCACCUGACAAACUUUGCUGUUCUUAUGAGCCCCGCCAGUACCUCUGAAACGGAAACUGUUCACCAUCGCCGCCUUGGAGUUUUGUCAAUUGUGGGAUGCAGUAUAUCUAUAAUUGGCUUGUUUCUUACCAUCACGACCUAUGUGUACUUCUGGAGGGCUGUACGUUCGAAGAGAUCAGUUUUGCUUGUCAACCUGUGUACGGUUCUAGUUGUGGCUUACGUCCUGUUUCUGGCAGGGGUGAACAACACUUCACAGCAUGCCGUGUGCACAUCCAUUGCUGUUCUGCUCCACUACAUAUUUUUGACUGCUUUUUUCUUGAUGCUAUCGGAAGGAUGUGUUAUUGCACAAAUGGUGCUCAGACCCCUUGACAAAAGGGACGGUCUACAUGCAUUGCUUGGAGUUUCCUACGGAAUUCCACUGAUCGUUGUCAUAAUUUCUGCUGCAACAUCUAAACUGAAAGGUUACGGAAAUGACAAAUUUUGUUGGCUGAGUAUUGAUUCGGGACUUUUCUGGGCUUUUGCUGGACCGGCUUUGGCAAUCGUAUUUACGAACACCAUCAUCACAGUCGCUGUCAUCAAGAGGCUGUUUGGGACUUCUGCUAUGUCAAAACGAGGAGAUGCUGACAAGAUCAAGACCGGGAUACGUAGCGUGUGUGUCUUGUUGCCAGUGUUUGGAAUCACGUGGCUGUUCGGAGUGUUUGCCGUCAACAGGGAUACUGUCGUUUUCCAGUACCUCUUUGUCAUCUUCAACAGUCUACAGGGAGUCCUUAUAUUCGUUGUUCAGUGCGUUCUGGAUAGAAAAGUGCAGGAGGUGUUCAAAGCCAGGCGGGCCAGGUGGCUUGCACCAGAGGUUUCGAUCACUGCUACAGAAAUGAAAUCGAAAUCCUCGGCUGUAACAAAAUCAAGCAUGAUGUCCACCGAAUCAACUGCAUAACUGAUGAAUUUACAGACUACAAGUACAUACCAACAGUCGAAUCUGUCAAUUAGUUGAUCGGAAGAAUAUGUAUUUGGUCCCUCUCUGGUAGAAAUCUCACAUAUAUAUGAGCUUAAUUAGAAUUUCCUUUUAAUUGAAAAUACAUCUACAUUCUCUUCAAAUAUUUGAAGGUGAACACAUAUGAAAACGUUUUUUUAACUUCUUCCAACACUCUUUAAGGUUUAAUUUAAUUUAGUUAAAUGCAACAUUUUAGAGAGAACUGUCAAGUCUUGAAUGCACCUGACUUGGUUAUUAGUGCAUACUUUUAAUUUAUAAACGCUUUAGAAUUGUCGAUAAUAAUAGAAUCUAACGCCGAGUAAUUAUCAAUUACUCUUAAUCGCUUUAAUAAAGGCAAUUUUGUUGUAUGCUUAUAUGUUAGUAUUUAUUUUAUGUAAUAGCUUAUCGCAUAUUUAAUUUGGAUUAUUGUUUCGUUUUACGCCAAGUCAGUAUCUAGUCAACACCUAAAUAUUACAUAUUUUUGUCAGGAUACAUAGGUAUUUGUUGAUUUUAAUGCAAGAUCGUAUUUUAUUUCACGAGUGUUCAUAGAAACAAUUUGGUUUCACGACGCAUGAAGACAACUGACUUAGUAUUGCAGUCAAGACCAGUGCAAAAUAUCUGUGGUUUAAACAUAUCUUUCUACCCUGAUGAAGUUUGUUAAGGGGAAUUGAAUCACCGCCAUUGUCUUAGCAGCGUUUGCAGUCUGGCCGUUUGAAAGCUAGAGUUUUAAAGGUCGAAGCAAUGAGGAGGAAAUUCCUCACCACGCUACGUUGAUGACAACAUGUAGAUUAUGUUAGUCCGAUUUUGGUUUUUGAUUGUUUGUUUGGUGAAUUUCCUAGUGAUGUCCGAGCUUCAUAAGACGACAGAUUGAAGAUUUAAAUGUUGAUACAUCUUAAACCCAAUUGUACAAAAAAAAUUGGUUUUUGUGUUUGCUCAGAAUUUGUACUUGGUACACACAAGUGCAAGAGAAAUGCUAUGUGCGAACUACUAAAGUUAUCAAUAGUAAGGUUUUUUAUUUUACAUAAAAUAUCUGUCAUAUUUUUUUAUGUAAUCUCAAAUCAUUAUUUUCAUAUAAUGUUGCUGUUGAAGUGAUGUCAUUCAUUUAAUCAAAGGAAAGUAACUACAUCCAAUCGUAAAUGCUUUUAUAAGUCUAAUAUUAUUCAAAUUAGUGAUGCACUUUUUGUACUGUACAUUGAAAAACUUACUCAUUGCUGAAAUUGAAAGAAAUUGGAAAAACAAAGCGAAAAUAGUGAAACUCAUAGUGAAAUACUACAAACAUUCGUUGUACUAAGUCCAUCUAAAAUAUAUAAUUUCGAUCAUAGGCAGAAAAUGUAAACAACGUUUUUAACUUGUUGUAUGGUUGAAAAUUGGGCCUGUUUCAAAUGUUUUUGUUGUUAUUUUUUGUGAGAAUUUCUACAAUAUCAUCGCAUAGAUAUCUGUUUUUAUAUUUAUUAGUUGGUUGCGUUAAGAUUCUAUUUUGUAUUGAAAUUGCACUGAUAAACCCCGAUGCUUCACAAAAAUAGCAAAACAGAUAUGUUUUAUCAAGUUGUUUCAUUGUAUUUAAUAGAGUGUUUACUAUUUGUGUAUAACUGUUGUUGUUUUUCGUUUUUUACAUGCAUUUAUAAAAGUAUUUAUAAUUAUGGUUAUUUGAACGUAUACGCUACUUUUUAUCAUUUUUGUUAUUUCGCCUGAAUUUACAUGUAGUAAAUACAUUAAUAAUAUAAUUGUAUCAAUGUGAAUAAGUACAACAUGUAAAUUUGCAUUCAUGUUUUCAAACUAUUUUAAAGUAAACGCUUAUCUUAUAUAUAAAUUAUAUUUGGUAAUAUAUCGUGUAUGUUUAUACCAAACACCGACACCCUUUACACGGAAAAUCUCCAAUUACAGCAAUGUCAGGUAAUGGAAUGUCCAACGCUGCUAACAUCAGAGAAUGUUUGACACAAAGCACAAUGUCAAUUUCUCGUGUUGAUAGAACAUUAUUACUUUAUUAUGAAGUAGAGAAUAAAAUCGAAUUAUUUGCC